CUCAAUCGGGACUCCGGACUCAGCAGCAGCAACAGCAGUAGCAGCAGCAGCAGAAGCUGCAGCUACUGCUGUAGGUGGCGCUGCAGCUCGAGACGCAGAAGGCUGCAGCGAACUAGACGAUCCGACAAGUGCAGCAGCAGCAACAGUAGCGGCAGCAGCAGCCAAGCCUGUUGCUGCUGUUGCUCCUCAUGUUUCCCCUUCAAGGCUGGCGCGCAGCUCCUUAGAAGCAGCAGCAACAGCAACAGCAACAGAAACAGAAACAGCAGCAACAGCAGCUCCCGAAUGA